CUUGUACGAACUUGUUCACAAGAUUUCAUCACUUUGUCCGAUCAAACACUGAGAAAUCACAAAGAAAAAAAAAUCAAACGAUUCAUCAUCACACUCAUCACAGCCCUAAAACCCCCGUCAUGAACCACCACCACCACCACCCAUCACCGCCACACCUCGACCACCGCACCACCGCCCAAGUCAUCAAACAGACCACCUCAAUCUUCACCUCCCAUCUCUUCACAUUCCUCUUCCUCUCCUUCCUCAUCCUCACCUUCCGCACCAACGUUGAGAACGGCACGCGCUACGUCACCGCCUUCAUCGAUCGGGACCCUUCUCUCAAAUCCCUCCUCUCUCGCAUCGACAUCUCCGGCAAGACCCUCCAUUCAUCGUCCCCGUCGGACCAUCUCGUCCACCGCCGCCGCCAUCGCCGCCCCUUCCUCCACCUCACCCGCGUCGGAACCCUCGACGACGACUUCUUCUCCGGAGACGAGGACAACGAUCGCUCCCUCUUCGGCAACAUCCACAGAACCCACUCCAAUGGCAGUUUCUUGAUUCUCAACAACUUCGAUUCGAGAUUAGGGUUUUCGGAUUCCGUCUCUGAUAACGGAAUUAGGGUUUCGGAAAUCGUCCGCUCCGGCUUCUCUCUCAAAGCCCCUGAGAGUUCAUUGCAACCAGUGGAAGACGAAAGUCAUCAUCAAAGCAAUAGUGGUGAUGAGGGAAACAAAAUGAAUGGUUCGGUGAAAGAAGAAAAAGAUGAGGGCGAAAAGGUUGUGGAUUUGCGGUUCUUUAUCAAUGGAUUGCAGCUCGGACGCCGCGACGCCGCUGCGGUGUUCUUUCUUGUGUGUUUACUGUCUGCAGCCUACAGCUAUGUGAUUCUAGGGUUUCUGGUCACGUAUUCGUGGGUUCUUGGGAUUGCAUUCGUCUCUGUAGUGAAUGAUUUGCUGGGGAGGUAUCGAUCAUUUGCUGGGAAUGUAUGGGAUGGUUCGAGAUUGGGUCUGAAAAGGCUUUCUGGGUUCAUUCUUAUGAAAUGGGCGGUCAGGGACGCAUUGACCCAGCUUCUGGGUUUAUAUUUUUUUGGAGAAAUCGAAGAUCAAUACUCUUUCUUUAAAAUCUUUGUGAGGUUGAAAUUGCUGCCUUUCUCAAUUUCACCUCAGUGGAUUCGGGGAUUCGAUAAGGAGCUUGCUGGGUUUUUGCUUGCUUGGUUUUUGUUGGACACUUUUGUGGGUUUUAUUUUUUCUGUUGAUUCCUGGGUUGCUAUUGUGGACUCGAGAAGGAGUGGGAGGGAGAUUGUAAGAGAAGGGUGUUAUUUGUUAUCAACAAUGUUACACCAGGCAAUCAAUAUCAAAUGUUUGGAAUCUGUGCUUUGUGGGUCAUUCACGAGAUGGAUUUUGGCUGAUUUUUUCGGAAAAUUGUUUGCUUCUGCUUUCCAGUCAGUGAUGGAGGUUUAUUUUAUGGUGGCUUGGUUAAUAUUCUACUUUGCUGUGAGGUCUAAGGAUGCUACUUCUCUUGGAAGGACAUUUGGGCGGAGAGAGUUGGAGGGUUUUAUUGUUGAUGGCCUUAGAUGAUAGUCAGUGGGAUUUGAUUGACCGAAUUCUUCAAGUCCUCAACUGGACGCUAUAAUAGCGGUAAUGUUUCGGUGCCUUCUUGUAUUCCUGUUUCGCAAUUAAUGUGAUUCAGCAGUGCCAUUGUUUUAUGAUGUCACCAGCAAUGUGUUGUAUGUACUUUACCUUGAGGCAAUAUAUAACUUGUGAAUAUUUCUUA